CUACACCAAAUAUCUGAAAAUAUUUUUGAAGAGCCAAGUCCGAGCAGGUUUAGCUCAGCAAAAGACAAAACCGGAAUUUGAUUUUUGCAAGCACUCACGACUUGGAUGCCUCCUAUACUCAACCUCAGUCCAGUCAUUCGAUCGGAUCGUUUCUAAUACCUCGUCCGCAUUCUCGUCUUCCAUUAUGGACACUUUCCAGCUCCGUGACGAAAAUGAACCUUCAAAUUCUGUUCAAAAUAUAUCCAGAAGUUUUGAUGAGCCCUCUACGUCGUCCGUCUUUGAAGACGCUUCGAUUUUCCAGAAUGAUACUCCUUCUCCACACCCUACCCCGUCUUCCUCCUCUUCCGUUCAUCUACCAGAAAUCGCCCAGCAAAGGUGUUAUUGGGCUUUACUCUCAGCACACCUUGUAUUCUUGUACCUUGACCCCAUCAUGCAAGUUGAUCUCGGAGGUACCGUCGUUGGAAGAUCCUUAUUGGAAUUUGUUCAUCCCGACGAGCAAUCAACGGCUCGGUUGGAUCUCAGUCAAGUAUUGGAAAGCAAAACUGUACACGGCAGCAUUACCCACGUGCGAUUUUCCAGACCAUCUCGUAUCCGGCGCGAGCUCAGAAAGGACGACUUUCGUUAUUCAGACAAAGUUUACCUGGACGAAGAUUUUAUAGCCGUGGACCUCGUGAUUAAUUGUGCAGCCGAAGGCCUCGUCCUCUGUUUCAUUCACGCAACGCCAGACAUUGAUCCUGUCUCCGAUAACGAUGAGCGCGUCAAAAGUUCAUGGUCUAAUUGGUGCAGCACCCCAUAUAUAUCUGAGGAGCAGCUUCGACACCUGUCUCAUAAUCUGCUGAUGUGUGCACCGAAAAGUUCACAUGGACGAGUGUUUCAAAUUCUUAAUAACACGUCUGCAAGACCGUCACUUUUUACUUGGCCUCCUCCUCAAGAGGGUUCGUCAGAGAAAGAUUUUACUGACCUUGCAAAAUCCGUCGAAUUCCGUCAAAGCGGUUCUUCAAUUUCGCAAGCAAAGACGAAUUGCACUCGUAGGUUCAAAGCUUUGCAAGAACUUCACGGAACAGAUGUGGUGGAAAGCGUCUUUAUACCACAUGGCAGUGUGAUUUUCGCGUGUCACAAAGUUUCAACUUCUCCUUCCUCGCUUUCAUCUUCUGCUCAUUCUCAACCCAUUAAUCCAACAAUCCCAAUAUUGAACUCCCCGAAUUAUACGACCGCGUUCAUGGGUUACAACGGUCCAUCAUCGACCUCUUAUUCCCUUCCUCCUCCUCCUCCGCAUCAGCAACCGUUUUAUGAUUCGCAAUAUUCCCUACCACCGUUAACUUCAUCUACGACUCUACCUCCGCCGACAAGCACCUAUUCCUAUGCUUCGGGUCAACCUACCCUCCCGGCAUCGAGCCAGUACUCGUAUGCCCACUGGGCAAAUCCUGACUCUCAUUCAUCUGUACAAAGCCUUCGAUCGGGAUAUUGGAGUCAUGGAUCUGCGAGUUACGAAAACGGGUCUAGUGUUUCUGCACCUCUUCCUAUGAGUGGAGGGCAUCAAUCUCAUGGAAAUUACGGCCGACCCUUUUCACCCUACGGUUCGCAUAUACCAUACUCAUCUCAAAGCGUUUCCAGUCACUUAGACGGAUUGAACGGCAACACACCUUCUCCAACCUCGGCUACGUCUUCUACGGCUGACCUUGUGCCACCCUCGAGGCGUCGUAUAUCGCCUAGCUUAUCGCCAGAGCACCGAGGAAGCAAUGGCGCCACUGGAGGGCCUCAGCGCACUCACGGUAAUAGGCCAACAGGCCUGAUAAAGUGUAGCAGUUGCAAGACGACGUCCAGUCCAGAAUGGAGAAAGGGCCCCAGCGGCAAGAAAGAACUAUGCAAUGCGUGUGGGCUUCGCUACGCUCGCUCGCGUGCUAAGAAGGAAGGACAUGUCGUGUCUAACAGCGGAAGAAAGCGCAAAGACAAGAUUAUCAAAAGGGAAUCUUCUACACCUCCUUCUGCAACGUCGGCUACUGGGUCUAUAACAAAUUCUUACUCCUCUUCCGCAGUGAUACCAUAUCAUUCAUCAUCUACUCCUCCAUUUACAAGCGCUGGGUCGUUGAGACGGUCGUAUGUGUCGACUUACGACAGUAUAGGCUCAUUUUCUGGGAACGACAUUUAUGGCGCUUCCCGGAGCGUCGGUACGUCUUCUCCUUCGCCUCCUACCGGAGCCGCUACGCCUGCUGGGGGAUUUUCGCACUACGUAAAUGCUUCUUCGGAGUCGGCAGGGCACGCACAUCACCCGACCGCUGCCAGCCGGACUAGUUACUACGGAUCAUCGGUCUCUUCUCCCCUGGUGGCUAAUCCUCCCUUGCUCCAAACGCAAUCAUUCGAACGAGUUCGCAGAGAUCGAGAAGGAUAUCCACCCACGCCCGUCAGUGCGGAGCCAAGAGCUUCGUACUAUGAAGCCAGUUAUAAUCGUGGCGAGCGUAAAGAUGCGCUUUGCGGGUACGAGAAAGAGUACGAAAGAGAGUAUGAUCAUGAGGAGAGAGGUCGAAGCUUGGUCACCGGUUGAAGCCAAGUCAUCAUGAGGUUUUGAUUUUUUCUCGGGCGCUCCUCGUGUUCAGUUUAGUCCUCGCGUGGUGUUUUUUUCCUUUGAUAUCGUUUCUUUGAAAGGCCUUUUCUUUGUACGUUGUCUUGCGACCCUUUCAGGACCUCCCUCGUAGGCUUCAAACUUCACCGACAUCAUCGUGCAAUCGAUGAUGAUGCGAAUCU